GCGAGGGGGCUGACCCCUCCCCCUCUCCUAUCCGCACCCACAGCAGGCGCCAUGGAUACGAGCCGCGUGCAGCCCAUCAAGCUGGCCCGGGUCACCAAGGUGCUGGGCCGGACGGGCUCGCAGGGCCAGUGCACCCAGGUUCGUGUUGAAUUCAUGGACGACACCAGUAGAUCCAUCAUCCGGAACGUAAAGGGGCCCGUCCGUGAGGGGGAUGUCCUGACGCUGCUGGAGUCGGAGCGUGAAGCAAGGCGAUUACGCUGAUCUAUGCUGCAGCUGGAUGGCAAGCUUGAUGUGACUACCAUUUCUGACUUCCUGUAAUGAAGAAGCAACAGUUCAUACCUACUCUGCUUAACUUAGUGAAGAGGAAUGUUGUGUUUCAGAGACUAAAAUAAAGGAUUUUUUUCCAGUAA